UCUAUGUUUCAAGCAUGUGAGCGAUGGCUUCACCCGCUCAGGAGUUCACUCUGAUCGGCCUGUGUGAUGGAGAGCUCCACUCUAAAAGGCACCAGUCCUCCUUUCUGACCAACAAAGUCGGGGGUCAGCCAGACUGGUUGCCGGUAAUCUCCCGGCAGUCUCCCCGCUGCGGGCGCUGCGGAGCCCCGUUAGCCCAUGUGGUCCAAGUGUACUGUCCUCUGGAGUCCUCCCCCUUCCACAGAAACCUCCACCUGUUCGCGUGCGUAGGUGCCGAGUGCAGCGGCGUGUCAGAGAGUUGGAGAGUGCUCCGCCUUCAGUGCUUGGAGGCGGAGGUGGCAGCAGCGCGGACACCCAGCCGACCGGCCCCGGCUCAGGAGGCUCCUCUGGCGGCCACUGCCUGGUGUGACACCGCUGAUGACUGGGGCAUGGAGGAGGGUGGUGAUGGAUGGGGAGGAGGAGUGGAGGAGGCUCGAGAGGAGGUAGCAGCUCCUGAAGCAGAAGCAGCCGCUGAGCCUGAUGUCAGCAGCCAGCUUCGGGGGCUCAGUCUGGGAGAGUCUCAGGAGGACAUCCCUGUCCUCCGUCCGUUCUUCAUCAGUGUGGAGGAGGAGUCAGAGCUGGGCGGAGAGGACGACGACCUGCUGCACGCUCAGCAACUGCUGAAGGAGUACGAGAGGAGAGAAGGAGUAGCUGUGGGAGAGCUGGAGGUCGGCGGCGGGGAGGAGAAGUACGAGAAGAUGAAGGCCCGACACGGAGACGCCGUCUUCUCCAGGUUCAUGAAGAAGAUCUCGCAGUGCCCUCAGCAGAUCCUGCGGUACUGUCGCGGUGGCGAACCGCUCUUCAUCUCCGAGCCGCCGCCCGACAUGGCUCGGGUGGUCCCGGCGUGCAGCUCCUGCGGAGGAUCCAGGGCGUUUGAGCUGCAGCUGAUGCCGGCUCUGGUCAGCCUGCUGCGGAGGCGGGACGGAGACGCCGACGCGGAGCUGGAGUUCGGGACGGUGCUGGUUUAUACCUGCGUUAACAGCUGCUGGACGGCAGGAUCCAGAUCAGCCGUGGAGGAGUUCUGCCUGGUUCAGACGGACCCCGACCAGCAGCUCUUUAAGUGACUCAGCAGUUGGUUUGAUCCGCUGAGGUCAUGAUAAAUAAAAGUUUUUAUUUCUGGGUCCAUCCAGUUUUUUUAACGUUACAGGAGAAGAAGGUGAAAAGUGGAGACGUGGUGGAAGAAUGAAUAAAGAUGAUAAUCAUCGUUUCCCAGGUUUUAAAGCUGCGGACAGCGGCUCUGAACACGGCUCACUAACCAGAACCACAAACUAAAGAAAGGCAAAGUAAGAAUAAAAGAAACUGAUUGAACUGUG